AUGAAUAUGAAGGAUUCUGAAGUAACUAAUGUUAAUGAGAAUAUUGACACCUUUGCUUCAACUGAUAUUAUUGAAAUCAGUGAUGAUAUAAGAGAAGAAAAUAGUACUGAAGAAUCUACAAGUAUAGCUGCAUCUAGAGUUAACCGUCAUGUUUCAAAUAAAGCUAAGCUUUGUCAUACACAUUUAUAA